GACUGAUGCUUCGAAACACGGUUACAAACCCUGUGUUGAACCGUGAACUUUUGAAUCUGUUCAGUACGGAUCAAGCUUCAUCCGCAGCGUGUUGGAAGCUUCUCGAAGAAACGUUGUGAACACAAGUGGAUUCUGUGAGUCUCUGUGGAUUCUGGUAUUAUAAUAUAGGUUACCAGUCCAAAGUGAACAUGGUCAAGGAAACUGGUUUUUAUGACACAUUAGGUGUGAAACCUGAUGUUACUCCUGAUGAACUGAAAAGGGCCUAUCGCAAACUAGCCUUAAAAUAUCAUCCAGACAAAAACCCUACAGAAGGAGAGAAGUUCAAACAGAUAUCUCAGGCGUAUGAGGUCUUGUCAGAUGCUAAGAAGAGAGAACUAUAUGACCGAGGAGGAGAAAAGGCUAUAAAGGAAGGAGGAAGUGGUGGUGGUGGUAGUUUUGCAUCUCCCAUGGACAUCUUUGACUUGUUUUUUGGAGGAGGUGGUAGAAGGCAUCGAGAGAGAAAAGGAAAGAAUGUUGUUCAUUCGAUUACUGUAACCUUGGAAGAUCUUUAUAAAGGAGCUACACGGAAACUUGCUCUCCAGAAGAAUGUCGUUUGCGAGAGAUGUGAAGGUCGGGGAAGUCGCAAAGGAGCUGCACAGAUGUGCAUGUCUUGCCGUGGCACAGGCAUGCAGGUCCGUGUGCACCAGCUCAUACCAGGUAUGGUGGAACAGUUAUCUACAGUGUGCCACAGCUGUCAGGGCCAAGGGCAGCGUAUCAGUCACAAAGACCGCUGUAAAGCCUGUGCAGGACGGAAAAUCCUGCGCCAGAAGAAGAUCUUAGAAGUCCACAUUGACAAGGGAAUGAAAGAUGGCCAAAAGAUAGUGUUCCAUGGAGAAGGAGACCAGGAACCAGGACUUGAGCCAGGCGACAUCAUCAUUGUGCUGGAUGAACGCGAACAUCCAUGUUUUACCCGGAAAGGAGCAGAUCUGAUCAUGAACAUGGAGCUGCAGCUGGUUGAGGCUUUGUGUGGUUUCCAGAAGCCUGUUGAGACACUAGACAACAGAACUCUGCUCGUCACCUCCCAUCCAGGGGAUUUGAUCAAGCCUGAAGACACAAAGUGUGUGCUGAAUGAAGGGAUGCCUGUGUAUCGCCGCCCGUUUGAGAAGGGCCGCCUCAUCAUCCACUUUUCAGUCUUGUUCCCACAAGCCAACUUUCUCCCGAAGCACAAACUGAAAGAGCUGGAGCGUUACCUGCCAGUGAAGAUGGAGACAGAGCAGUCUGAGAGUAUGGAUGAAGACCUCUACACCUACGCUGACCUGGAGGACUGUGACUUUGACAACAGGAGACGACACAGCCAUCAUUACUACUACGUGGACGAGGACGACUAUGCCAGUGCUGGAGGCGUUCAGUGCCACACGUCCUAACCAAUUUGGCCUGAAUGGCUUGUUUCUAUAUUCUUGUCUGAGAAGCUCAUAUUAUCACGUGGUGUACCUUUUCAUUUUUUUUCCUUUGCACUUUUUUUAUUAUAUUAUUUCUCUUAAAAUAUUUUUAUUCUGUCAAGUUGAAAUGUAAAGCUUUCAGGGCAUUCCUGAUUGCUCCUGUUAGUGUUCUGGACUCUGAAUAGAGCAGAUUAUGUAGACAGUCCGGGACUAGACUUGGAUCCAGGCGUACUGGGCUUAUCAUGUCUGGGAGCUCAUUUUAUUAUUAUUUUGUUUUUACACCACACUGGUGAGAGGACUAAUUUAAAAAAGAAAAGAAAAUGUGCUUUCUUAGUACAAGGACGACUUCCUUCUUAAAUUGAUGGCAGUGCUCAUAUUUUUACAGUGUUACUAAAUCUGUUUUUCAGCCACUUUUUAAUUGUGGCUGACUGUCAUCGUCAGUCCACAGAGUGCGAAGACUGGAAGAGUUGGUCUUGGUUGGAGUAGUACUACUACAGCCCACUCUUCAAAAUAAUGUGACAAAAUGAAGAUGCCCCAAAGAAAGGUAGUGAUUCAGAGCACAGAUGUUCAGGCUGCUGUUGUAGGUUCAUGUUUUAUGUGUGGUGGUUGUGUUGUUGUUACCCUUUAAUAAUUUUUGAAAGUGUCUAGAAACAUCUCUUGUUUACAUCUCACUUCAGUAUGAGUGACAACAAGCAUUUAAGCGUGGGUUCUGUCACACUUGUACAGAUGCCAGGUUUGCUUCAAGAAGCAUCUUUGCAGAGUUAACUAGAGAACCUUUAAUUUUUUUAUGAUUAUUAUUAUUAUUGUGAAUUUAGGUUUGUAAUUUGACGAUAAUUCAGUUUUUAAUCUGCAAAAGUGAUGCUGAUAAUUCUAGUUAUGGUCCUCAAAGUGCUGCUGCUUUCUGGUCAAAUAUUUUGAGCCACAGCAAUGACUGAGCUCGUAAUUUACGUUGGAAAAUGUUCAGUUGUCUCAGGCUUGUUCUUUGGACAAUCUGCAGUUUCCAAGACUUGUCGUACAUGUAUGUAUGAAAAACAGGUCAAACAAGAUUUUAUUGACACGUCUUAUUUAUCAUCUCAAUUCUAAAUCCUAAUGUUUUUGUGGAGGGAACUUUAAAUCAGCAUGUGAUACCUCAUUGAAGCGUCUCUGUUUAUAAGCCUUUUCUUUAACUUUACUUGAAGCCCAUGCAGAUUGUUGAAAUGACAAUUUUGCCUUGUUACUGCAAAAACCAACUGCUCUUCUCACAAAAUGUUUGCCAAAUUGCUUCAUAAUUACUCUUGAAAGGGGUUUUUGUAUUUUUCAUUAAAGGGGAAAUUGACUGUC